AAAUCAUAUUUAAAUUUAACCCUAUUAUUGCUACUGCGGCUUAUAUUAAUGUGAAUAGAAAGCUACCACACCACGAGAAAGACCAAAGCUCUGUCAUACACUAAUUGCCGACUCUAUAUUAUACAUAACACAUCUCUCUAUAUUCUCUAUCAGUUUUCUUUUUCAAAAUGGGUGAAGAGAGAAGCACGAUGGAGGAAACUCUAUUAGCAAAAGUACAAAUUGAUUCAAAAACAGAGAAUGAUGAAGAAGAAGAAGAAGAAGAACAGAGAAAUAAAAGAUCAAUUAAUUGGGAUAUUUACAUAAAAGAAUUGAAGAGGAUUUGUCACAUAUCAGGUCCUAUGGUAGCUGUAGUAUUAUCACAAUAUCUGUUACAAGUUGUUUCAACUAUGAUUGUUGGUCAUUUAGGUGAACUCUAUCUUUCUAGCGCCGCCUUAUCUAUCUCCUUCACCGGUGUCACUGGUUUCAGCUUCCUGAUGGGAAUGGCCAGUGGACUAGAAACCACAUGUGGACAAGCUUAUGGAGCUAAACAAUAUCAAAGAAUAGGGAUGCAGACAUACACAGCUAUAUUUUCUCUCAUAUUAGUUUGUAUUCCACUCUCUUUCAUUUUGAUCAACAUUGAAAACAUACUAGUUUUCACUGGACAAGACCCUCUAAUUGCACAUGAAGCAGGAAGAUUCACAAUUUGGCUUCUUCCAGCAAUUUUUGCUUAUGCAAUAUUGCAACCACUAGUUAGAUAUUUUCAAAUACAAAGCUUGCUUUUUCCAAUGCUUUUAAGCUCUUGUGUCACUCUUGGUAUCCAUGUACCUCUUUGUUGGGCUUUGGUAUUCAAGACAGGGUUGGGUAAUGUUGGUGGUGCAAUAUCAAUGAGCAUUUCCAUUUGGUUGAAUGUGAUUUUUCUUGGAUUAUAUAUGAGAUUCUCUUCUGCGUGUGCAAAAACUAGAGCGCCAAUUUCUAUGGAACUAUUUCACGGAAUUUGGGAGUUUUUUCGUUUUGCCAUACCUUCCGCAGUAAUGAUUUGCCUUGAAUGGUGGUCAUAUGAGCUAAUUGUCUUACUCUCAGGGCUGUUACCAAAUCCACAACUUGAAACUUCAGUUCUAUCGGUUUGUCUCAAUACCAUUGCAACUCUCUAUACAAUACCAUUUGGAAUUGGUGCUGCAGCAAGCACAAGAGUUUCAAAUGAAUUAGGAGCUGGGAAUCCAUUUGAAGCACGUGUCGCUGUGUUGGCUGCUAUGUCACUAGCACUAAUGGAAACAAGUAUAGUGAGUUCAACCCUAUUCGCAUGCCGCCAUGUUUAUGGUUACGUUUUCAGCAAUGAUAAAGAAGUUGUUGAUUAUGUCACUGUCCUGGCUCCUCUAGUUUCUUUAUCUGUUAUACUCGACAGCGUACAAGGUGUUCUCGCAGGGGUUGCUAGAGGUUGUGGAUGGCAACAUCUAGGAGUUUAUGUCAAUCUAGGAGCCUUCUACCUCUGUGGGAUUCCCGCGGCUGCUGCAUUGGCAUUUUGGGUUCAAGUGGGAGGAAAAGGACUUUGGAUUGGCAUACAAGUUGGUGCUUUUGUUCAAUGUGUUCUUCUUUCCAUCAUAACAUGUUGUAUAAAUUGGGAGCAACUGGCUGUGAAGGCUAGACAGAGGUUAUUUGAUGCUCAAUUAUCAGGAGAGAAUAAUAGACUGGUAUGAUAUGAGUGAAGGCCAAAUUUGUUAGGGGGACAAUUCUCCAUUUUAUUGGAGGUUUUGAACUAAAGCUUGUUACAUCUUUUAUUUUAAGUGAUACUAUAGUAUAGUAUAUAUGAGCAUAUGCCAUAAUGUAUAUGAUUAAGAAUCUCAAGAGUAUUUUUCUCAGAGUAUUUGUUUUACUAGCAUUGUGUUGCGCCGUUCGGAAUACCAAUUGCCAUUUAUGAGG